AUGAUUCACUUCCCAGUUGUGCCCUAUUGGUUCACGAAUCCACGGCAGGUGAAAGAGGAAACUUGGCGAUCGUUGGAGCUGCUCUACGAUGAAGGUAUUAUAAAAUCAAUUGGUGUAUCGAACUAUUCGGAGAGCGAUUUGGAUGAAUUACUGGAAUAUUGUAGUGUGAAACCGCACGUGAACCAGUGUGAAUUCCAUGUUUGCUAUAAUAACAAUGAUCUGGUGCAGUAUUGUAAGGAGGAGAACAUCACCUUUAUGGGGUAUUGCCCAUUGGCAAAAGGUUCUGUUUUGAACGAAGAGCCUUUAAAAGCAGUUGCAACGAAGCAUAACAAGACUCCGGCCCAAGUAUGUAUCCGGUGGUCGAUUCAAAACGGCAUUCCAGCGAUUCCGAAGAGUCGACAAUUACAUCGAAUUCAAGAGAAUAGUCAGGUGUUUGAUUUCAAUCUCGACGACGGCGAUAUGGCUUUGUUAAGUCAACUGCAUAAUCCGGCAAAAAAAGUUCUGAAACUGGCGAACCUACAAGAGAAAUUCUCUCUUCCGGAUGGCUAUAAACUAAACGGUCAGGUCUACGAUGUACCUCAAGCUCAGUCUUAUGCUCACUCAGCGAUUUACUUGUCAAAUAUUCAAAAGUGUGCAGUUUAA